AUGGCAAGCGGCGGUUCAGCCACCGAAGGCUUCUGGUCGUCACUGGGCUCGGGGCCCUUGAGCAGCAGCGAGCUGGAGCUGCUGGGGGCGCUGCUGGCUUUGGGGCAGAAGGCCAGAGACGUCCUACCACAAGGCGUUAGCAUUCAGGAAUGGGCUGAAAGACGAGUUCCACCAGAUCAGAUUGCAGAGGUGAAUCGCUCUGGCAUCGUCUUCAUCCCCUCCAGCGCGCCGGCCGCGCCACCCGCCGCUCGCACGGCGCUGCCGGAGCCGUGGCCGGAGCCAGCACCGGCGGUGCCGGAGCUCGGGGCCAGCGUGAGACAGUCAGUGGUGAAGUCCUUGGUUCAAGGGGUGAAGUCCUGGGGUGCUGGUCUUCUUGGUGUGGUGCUGCGGCCCCUCCGGAUGCCCGAGCAGCCCAAGCUGGAGGUGCCUGACAAUACCUUCUACUUUGAUCCCAUGACCAAGCGUUGGAGGCAACACGGGGUCGACGACGUGGAUGUGUCCAACAUCGACCCCAACACUGGCCGCACCAUUCAGCAGGAUCACCAGAUGCUAGGCCCGCCACCCAUGAGCCAGACCAGUGGCUGCCUCAUGCAAAGCCAGAAGGCUCACCCCUGCAGCGGUUCUCUUUAUGUAGACCCCCUUAAGCCCUCGCAGCCCGGGCAGCCUGUCAAGCCGUUGGAGCCGCAGCCAGUCAAGCCCAUGCACCCAGUGGAGCCAGCACAACACCUGCAGCCUACCAUGCCACAGGCGCAGCCACAACAGCCACAGCCACUGGAAUCAGCACAGCUGCUACAGCCACUGGAAUCAGCACAGAUGCUGCAACCAUCAGUGCAGCCAGUCGCGCAGCCAGUGGCACAGCCGGAGGUGGACUUCAUCCCAUGCAGCGAGCAUGCCACUUUGGUGCCUCAGGAGGCUUUGAACUCUCAAGGCGCCCCGAAAGGCAUCGCUUUGGCGGGCCCCGGGGACGGAAGUUUGCUUCGGGGCCCGGUUCUUUUUGAACGCGCACGGACGUCGCGUCCCCAUAGACGGACCAAGAUGGAGAACUGGUUCCCAUCUUCUGAAGAGGUUUUGCGUGCUGCAUGUUGUUUUAAAGCAUUUCAAUUGUGA